GCCACAACAAAGAGUCAGUAUGAGAGACGUCCACCUGAAUAAUGAGACCUGCAUGAACGGGUCGGAGGUCAGGUUGUGGUGCGGCUCUCAGGCUGCUGUGUGUGUCGUCUCUGGAGAUCAAACACUCGUACACACAUCCUUCACACACCUGAACAAUGGCACUCAGGUGACAGGUCUUCACACACUCGGCUCAUACCACCAAUGGCUCGGUCUGACUCUGGCGCUGCUCUCCGCCUUCCUGAUUGGCGGCAGCGUCAUUCUCAAGAAGAAAGCUCUCCUCCGAUUGGCCGUCAGUGGGAACACCAGAGCAGGUGAAGGAGGUCAUGGCUACCUGAAGGACUGGCUGUGGUGGGGAGGCUUGUUAACCAUGGGAGCAGGUGAGGUCUGUAACUUUGCUGCCUACAUGUUUGCUCCGGCGACGCUGGUGACUCCGCUGGGCGCCCUGAGUGUCCUCAUCAGUGCAGUUCUGUCCUCCUACCUGUUGGGGGAGGUGUUGAACGUUGUGGGGAAGCUGGGUUGUCUGCUGUGCGUGCUGGGAAGCAUCCUGCUGGUUAUCCACGCGCCGCAGGAACAGGAAGUGACAUCACUGCAGGAUAUGGCCAACAAGCUGCUGGAGCCUGGUUUCCUGGUGUACAUGUCGGCCGUGUUGGUGCUGUGUGUUGUUCUCGUUGUGUAUUUCUCUCCUCGGGUCGGAAGCUCAAACAUCCUCGUCUACAUCAGCAUCUGUUCUCUGCUCGGAGCGUUCACCGUCUCCUCUGUGAAAGGCCUCGCCAUCGCCAUCCAGACCGUGUAUUAUGAUAUUUCUGUGCUCGCCAGUCCCCUCACCUGGAUCCUGCUGUUCACACUCAUCGUUUCCAUAGUAACACAGGUGAACUACCUGAAUAAAUCUCUGGACUCGUUCAACACUCUGCUGGUGUAUCCCAUCUACUACGUCCUCUUCACCUCCGUGGUCCUCUCCACCUCCAUCAUCCUCUUCCAGGAGUGGAGGAGCAUGGCCGCCGUCGACAUCGUCACCACCGUCGGCUCCUUCCUGGUCAUCGUGGUGGGCGUGGCCAUGCUGCACCUGUUCAAAGAGCUGCAGAUGACGAUGUCACAGCUGACCAAUCAGCUGUCUCAGCCUGUGGAGAGGGAGGAGCCUGUGGACGAGGUCUCAUCCAAUGAACGGCCCCGAGGUGACGAGGGGGGGCGGAGGAAUAAAAAGGAGGAUAAAUAUGGACUGAUGGACAACAUGGUGAUCGAGAGUCUUCCUCCGAUGAGAGAGGAAGGGCCGAGAGUCUUCAUCAUCAGCUGAAACAGGAAGUAGACGCAGGUUGGUGCUUCCUGUUUCCUGUUUCCUGUUCGGACAGCUCGGCUCUCAGACUGUAAAGCUUCUGCACUUUUAUUUGUUAAAGAUCAGAGUCUGAGGUUUGACUCUGAUUCUGGUUUAUUUGAAUUUAUUAUUAUUUUGAUGCUUUAUUGAACAAUAGUUUUACAGACUAGAAAGUUAACGAUGGUAUUAACGUGGUGUGAGGACAGAAAUCAAACAGGAAAUAAAACUAAUAAAUAAGAAAAAACAUUCAAAAAUACACUGUAAAC